CACAUUGCGAGUCGAGUGGAGGUCGUGAUGUCAUAACGGCGCGGAAGACCUGUUAAGGGAUGUUGUCAUUCCCGAUAUUAGUGUUUUGAUGUCGUAUUUAUCUUUCUAUGAUCGAAGAGCUAUGCGCUCACGCUAGUACUGCAGCACAGAACAACGCAAGCAGACGAACUGGUGGACCUGCGCUGCAAAUGAGGUUCUGCGGUUAUGGAUGGACAAGACGACGAAUAUUACGCUUCAUACGACUCCUAUCGAAUGGCACCGCAGUGCAAGCUCCUGGAAACUAUAUAUGAAAAUCCAAAACUGCGCACCGAUGGUUUAAAGCAGUUCACAUCGGUAAGGAAAUAUAAACGGUUCAUAGACUUCACGGCGGGGCCAACGGCAACCAAAAAGUGGAAACGAAGCCAAAAAGCACGGAAACUAGCAAGCAGCCGCUUAGUCCACGCCUUUAGAGCUUCCGACCACUGUGACGACCUACAGCACUCACUCCGCUCUGUGCGAAAUGCAAGAGCGCGCAUGCCGCCGCCGUACGAGAACAGAAUCUCGAAAGAGAGCUCCGAAUCACGGACGGGACCACAAGAUCGCUGCAAAACUGCUUCUGCUUCUGCACGUGUGUGCGAGACAAAUAAUGGGUCUGCAAGCCACGGAUGGCCCAAUGAGUCGCAUGUAGUGCCUGUGUGUGCUGGUAACUCUGAGUUGCCAGAAACUUUUGUUGUGUCGAGCACGGACUUAAUUGUUGAGGAGGCUGCCACUGUUGAACUGCCACUUGAUUGCAGAAAUGGGAAGGAAGAAACUCUAGGCAUCGAUGAUAAUGUGGAAUGUCGAGUACAUGAGUAUGAUGAAAAUCUCGCUGCUGGGGCAAGCACUAGUAUACCGUGGUGUUAUACAGUGCCUUGUACACAGACUAAGGAAAAUCAGGCUGCGUUUUGUUACAACAGUGGUGAUCGGUCGCAGGUGAUUGACUGUAGAAAUGGUGGUUUGUGUGAGAAAAUCCCAGGAGAACCCUUUAACAAGACAGUGCCUUCCGAAGGUUUUUACACAAUAUGUGACAGAAGACCACUGCAUUCCUGGGCAGCAUGCCACGAUCUCGAUGUAUCUGACACUGUGGUGGAACUGGUUGCAGUGAUUGAGACGACACACAGUCUCUGCGACAGUGUUGUGAAAAACAGCAGUGCAUGUGCUAAUCAAAACAGUGCGAAUUGUCUGCUAAAUCAGGCUAUAGAAGCUAGCAAUGGUAAUGUUACUUAGCAUUAUUUUGCUAGCUUUUACGCACACAUAACAGGUACGUUCGAUUCAACAACACACUGCCAUUCGUUUGAGCGGUGCACCAAUGACAUCCUCUGAACCACAUCAUUUGUUUCAAAAGUUGCUGGAAAGCUGCAGGGCUGUUUCCCGAUUUUGCUGCACCCUCUCUACUGUCGGUACCAACUUGGUGCAGACGUAGAGGUUCGAAACAGUAGUGCAGCAGACGACGCAGCACACAUGCGCAAGCACCAUUAAAACCCCACUUACAUGUGUCUGCUGUGUCUACGCAAGCGCGGGUGUAUUUACGCCUCGGUUCACACUGGUGCAGGUGGUGCAGGUGAAUCGAACAUACCGAACAUGUGACAAUCACUAGGGCCGGUAUUUUGUAGCGAUACCUUUAAUGUCAUAAUUCCUUUUCGCGCUUUGUCAGUUGUCAGAGCGACAGUCCACUCGCGUUAUCAACGUUGAUAUCGUGAGCGGACCGUCGCUCUGACCACUGACAAAGCGCGAUAAGCGCGAAAAGUUAUAUUACUUUAAAGGCAUCGCUACAAAAUAGCGGCCGAUUACACAAAAAGUUUGUGGAUAUGCCUUUGUUGUUGUUUUUAUGAGAAAAGAAAAUCAAUGAUCUAUGCUUCAUUGCAACAAGUGUGUGCAGUGCAUCUGAAGCUAUAUGCUAUGUAAUCGAGUCAAAAUAGAAAUAACCUACAUUGUGCUCUUCUGCUGUGCAUAACCUAUGCCUUCCAUGGCCGAGCACAAAUGCAGGAAGUACUUGUUUAUUAAGCAUGAAAUGCUUUUAGCUCUCAUUGUCGGCAACCUUAAAGUGACCUUGAGCCAAAAGCCAGAGUCGUUAUCCGGGCACUCAAAUGAACACAUCUAGGCAACCAGUCAAAAGUUAAGGAAAUGCGGUCUCUGUUGCCCAACCCUUUGUACAGGACUGCAUUACAUAGGCUAGUUACUGCAUAAACAAGUUACAAAAAAUAUUGCUGCCGAGUUCUUCCUAGUGUUUGUUCACAAUGUCACUGAAGCUGCAACUUCUAGUACGCUGAAGAUUUCAGUACGCUGAAGUACGCUGAUUUGUCAUUUCCAAUAGCGACAUUCAAAAGGCAGAUACAGGGCACCAUACAUGUGGUUGUCAUCUUUUGGCGCUGAGACAGGGUUGCCUGUGCUCUUCUUAACGCCAGCGGUCUGUGGGUUUCGCAGUGUGGGAUUUGCGCUGCUUCCUUCGAGAUGACGCUGCCGGCCGGACGCGGAUGGUUGUGUGGUGUGGUGGGGUGCGCCCUUGUGAACAUACAUGCACUAUACCUAUUUUAAGAUUGCGGCUAGCAUCAUCUCCAACCAAUCUGCUUUGCCUGUAGCCAUUUCAUGCUUACUUCUACUCCCGAUCACGGGAAAGCCAGAAUUUUUAUUGCUCCGCAUGUGUGGGGAAGUCUAGCAAUUGUUGCUGGCCUGGCCAGCAUGCACAUUGCUCACAGAUUCUGGAACCAAGGUAGCACCCCCUAACGUGGUUGCCCUGAUAUUACGUGCCAGAAAUGUGUUUCCUUGAUAGGUGCCAGCUAGUCCAAGCAUGGAUUCACAUUGUGCAAACAGCUUUGAUUGUAUUGCAUUGUUAUUUUGACACAAAGUGUAGUGCCUUUAACAUUGUUCCCCAAGAGAUGGUCUUUUGUCACCUUUGUACUUUAUUUCAAGAACUGCCACAUAGUGAACCAAAAUUUUCUAGUUCUGUACCUGCAUUUAAAAAAGAAAAAAAAAAUGAUAUGGCAACUGGUCAUGCUUCUUCUUUUUCAAGUAACUCCUAUAGGUAGCAAAAGGUCAAGAAUUCUUGAACAGCUCCUUCCAAAGAAGCCUGCUGUUCCUGCUCUCCAUGCCUCCACACUCCCAGAAAGUAGUUCCCUUACCGAUUGGAGGAGAUGUUGCAGUACUUCAGCAGCAAUGGAACAUCACAGUCAUGCACUAAACUCAUAAACAACUUAGAUGAGCGUGUGUGGGGAUGGAAAAAGAUCACUCACAGCAAAAACACAUGCACACACUGCAGUGGAUUAGUGGCUGUGUUGUUCUGCUGCUGAACACACGGCCACUAAUAAUGGGGCUGGAAUACAAAAAUGCUUGCAUAUUAAGUGCUGGGUGCUCGUUAAAGAACCCCAGAUGGUCAAUUUGCUGUGCCACAAAAGCAUCUGGAGUCCUCACUAUGAAAAAAAAAAAAAAAAAACUCCAUUCAGGCAGGGUGUGCUGUUCAUCAUAUAGCAGUAGUAAGGGGGUUACAAAUUAAGUCACAGCCCUGCAUCAUUAUGGUGUUUAUCACAGCACUUAUGUUGCUUUGGUAUGUUUGACACCAUCAGUCAAGCAAUUGGCUAUUUGCAAAAUCAUGAGUGCCACCUGGUGUUUUCCACCUGGUGUUUCCUAACCGUGUACUCAUUCACAGACUGCAUUUCUCCCGCUAAGUGCCUCCGCCCCCUCCCCCCUUAAAGACCACAAAGGCUUUUAAACACGGGGCCCUUAAUGCUAUCGUGUUAAAAAUUACUGCAAAAAUUCUAGUUCCUCAUAGUUACCCCAUACCUGCAGACCCCACAGACUGGCAGAGUAGAGGCGUGGACAGGGUUCGCCGGUGGUAAAGGGGAAGAUGUUGAAUAGGAACGAUACUUCAUUUUGCUUGUCUCUGGUUGAGGUUACAUGGUUAGACAUGCCGUUUCUGGCACAUGCACAGCAACAUUUUUGCAAAAGGUCAAUUAGUAAACAUGUGCACAGUAUUCAGUAAUACAGGGGAUUUAGGAUUAGGAAAGGAGCUAUCUGAUCAUGGUACCCAAAGAACCUUCUCUUAUUAUCCCCAGUAUGCUACCAUUCAUAACUGAGUGCCUGCUGUAUGCACUUCGAUCCAUUUUUGUACAUUUGGUGAUUUCCUUCAAAUGAUCCAGAUCCCCUGUCACUACUUGGCCUAGAUAAACAUACUCUUUCACAGCUUCAAGAUGCCAGACACCAGGGAGGGAUGGGGGUAUUUUCUAAGUGUCCGCCUAGUGGACAAGUCCAUUUCGUCUGCUGCUGAAUUAUAAAUUGGGAAACAGGGGCCCUCAGCCAAUCAGCACUUAAGCAGCAGACGAAAUGGACAUGCCCACUAAGUGGACACUUACAAAAUACCCCCCCCCCCCCCAGUUAUGAACUUUUUCCUAGCCAGGCUACUAAAUGUUAUAAAUUUUCAAACCUGUCCUCAAUCUACUACUGUACGAUAUAUACGAUAUAUAUUAUACUUUAUGUAUAAAGUACAAUAUUUUGUCCGUGUUUUUAUUAUACAACUGUAGAUUGCUCUUAAAUUACAAAUACUUCUUAAAGAAUAAUUACAAUGUAACUAUUUCACUGUCUGGAUUACAGGAAAAUGCAUACGCUUGACCAACAAGGCACAAAGAAAAAUUUAUUGUUCCAAUACCGCGAAAGAAUUACGAUAAGUAAUCAAUACUCUACACCUUACCGUCCUUGCUGAAUAUGUUAAAUGAAGAUAACUUUGAUAUUACUUGCCAUGCCAGGUACUUCAUUAAAAUGUACUGUCAACAUAAGUCUUGUUGUAUAUAGGAAUAUACCUGUAACUUACGUUUUAUUUAUUUUUCUAUUUUUUUCCCCAAAAAACUUUCCUGCGUUGAUAUAUUGUAAAAAUAAACUGCUAAAUUUGUACCUAAAAAUGUUUUUAAGAUGAACAUCAUAAGUGUGCAUCUUUUUCACAUAUUUAUGUAUUCAUAUGUGUGACCAUUUAUUUGUGUCUUUAUGCACUGUAUAGUAUCACUGUGCUUCUGCUCCUGCUGUAUUGCCACAGGGGGCAGGACCUCCGUCAAGCUGUGUUCACAGCUUUUUGUCUUGUCUCCUCCUACCAUGGAAAUAAAAUUAAAUUGAAUCAUUUGUUGUAAGUACAGAAAUUCCCUAAUCAAAUCAAAUACAAUUGUUAGAGAAAAUUGGCCAUCAAAAAUUAAAUGCCAGAUGUGUUCUAUAUUUAAACUAAAGAAAGGUUGUGCGUAGUAAAUUGGUUAAAUAAAAAGCCUCAUCUACAUUAUUUGAUACAUGUAAUGCUGUUCAUAACUGACAAGUGAGCAGCUUGUAAGAGAAAAAAAAAAAAAAAAUUAAAGGGCAAUCAUAACUGAAACAUGAUCAAAGGAAUGGCACAUCACCAGGUGCUUGUAGAGUGUUGUGUUCACUGGAGGAGCUAAGUGCAGUACUACAGCACUGCACAUGUGUUUAAAUGUGCAAAUGUGGUGCAAAUGCAAAUGUGCAAAUGUGGUGCCAUUGGCCAAGUUAAAGAUUUCUUUGCUUAAAUUGAGAUGAGUUCGUAGGCUGCCUAAAUGUGCGGCAUUCUUGUUGAACGGUAGAAAAAUGAUUGUGCAGAAGUUAACUGUUCAACGGGAUCGCUCAGGAACUGUUGCCUCUGCACUAAAACUAUGGCUGUCGUGCAGCAGAAUCAUUAAAAACACCCACCACUUGCACCCAUGUUCCUCCCUGUAGAUUCUAAUAAGUGUUGCUAUAUUUUAUAUUUGAACAGAAAUGAAUCUUUAGAAAUUUCGAAUAGCGAAUUCUCUAAUCGAAUACGAAUUGAAUAGCAAGGACUAUUUGAUUCAUGUUCUAAAUUUCAAAUAUUUGCACAUCUCUAGUUGUAAGCUAUCUCUACUAUUGUUGAACAGAACAAUGCUAUCUAAUAAUCACAAGUUGCUUUUAUAUUCCCUGAUAUUCCUUAUAUUUAAUUCUUUGAAAUGUUGUGUAUACAAGGGGGGGCUAAAAAAAAAAGACUGAGUUCAUGGAGCUCUUCGUAAUUGUAUUACUGCGUUCUACCAGUAGGUGGGUGUAAGUGGACACUUCACAAGUUCAUCGCCGUAAAAUGAUUUACAGGUUUGUGGUGACAGUUUUCCCAACUCUUGUCGCAUUACUCUUGCGAAAUUUUAAUGUCUGUUUGUAACAUACAGUGAAGCUCCUUAAGGUUUUGAUUCCUCCUUGAAAAAAACGACCA